AUGGGAGUGCGACCGGAGAUCCUGCCACUGCGCCUCCAGCGCUCGCAGCCGCGCGCCGCCAAGUCCCCGCGCGGCCUCUCGAAGCGCGCGAGCUUCCGCCGCCAGUCGUCCGCCGAGCCCAUCGAGCUGCCCGAGGACGUGCGCACGCUCAAGCAGAAGAUCCUCGCCUCGCACCCGGCCAAGCUCACGCGCUUCAGCCUGAGCCACAUGCGGCACAAGGCCAUCCCGCCCGUGCUCAUUCCGGACUCGCUCAACGACCGCCGCGCCGUGCGCACGCUCGUGGCCGGCCACAGCGUCCCGCUGACGAUGGGCAUGUGGGCGAACUGCAAGCGGAGAGCCAAGCACCUGGACAUGAUCGACGAGUACGUGACGUACCGGUGAUGGCCGACACUCGCCUCGCCUCGCCUUCGUUCCAGUCAGAUAUCCCUCCCCCUCGCCGCCGUCCUUCGGAGACGACGAGUACAGCGCCGAGAACCUUUCAGCCGCCCCGCCAAAACUAGUUUCUACGCGCAACCAGCUCGUUCAGACUUGAUAGAGUGCCAGGAAGCUUGGGCUUGAACGCGACGCAAUGCAAUGCAAUACAGUAUUUAUUCAGUAUC